AUGGCCCGAAACCUCCAGGACAGCGGCCAAUUCAGUCGUUUGUCCGUGUGGAACAGAUCGGCAAGCAAGUGCGACGAGCUAGCGAAGGGCGGUGCGGUGGUGGCAGCAAGUCCGGCAGAGGUUGUUCGGCAGAGCGACAUCACCUUUGGGAUGCUGGCCGAUCCGCAAGCUGCAUCGGAUGUUGUAUUCAGAGAAGGUGGUGUGCUGGAUGGGCUGUCUGGCAAGAAAGGGUACAUUGAUAUGUCAACUGUCGAUGAGGCAACGUCUAAGAAGAUUUCUGAAGCUGUCGUAUCCAGAGGCGGCCGUUUUCUGGAGGCUCCUGUUGCAGGCAGCAAGAAGCCAGCCAUUGAUGGAACGCUGGUAAUCCUGGCGGCUGGGGACAAGAGCCUGUACGAGGAGGCGCUGCCAGCGUUUGAAAUCAUGGGCAAGAAAUCGUUUCUUUUGGGAGAUGUCGGAACAGGGGCCAACAUGAAACUGGUUAUCAACAUGAUAAUGGGAUCGAUGCUUGGUGCUCUGUGCGAAGGCUGUGCUCUUGCCGAAGCGGGAGGCCUUAGUCAGGAAGACCUGUUGGAAAUUUUGAACAUCAGUGCUAUGGCCAGUCCGUUGGUGAAAGUGGCAGGGGCCUCUAUCCUUGCAAGGGAGUACCCGCCGGCCUUCCCAUUGAAGCAUGCGCAAAAGGACAUGCGGUUGGCUAUUGCAACAGGAGACAGGCUCAACCAGCCACUGCCCAUUGCCGCUGCUGCCAACGAGAAAUUCAAGGAAGCCAAGGCGAUGAACCAUGCUGAUGAUAACUUUACUGCCAUCUACGAGGCAACCACUGUGAACCACAGGAACAAGUAG